CGCAUUCUUUACCCAACAGUUCCAACUCCAAGAAGCCAUUGUUUUCCGGGAAAAGCUCUAAGUUCAUGCAACCAGAAAUCAUCGAAAUCCCGCCCCCGUUUUCUCGGUCCUCCAACAUGCGCAAACAAAAACAGGACAUUCUGCAUGAUGUGAUUGAUGUGGACAAAGAGGAAGAUUCUGAUGAUGUAAUGUUCAUUGAUGAAAAAGUUCACAAAAGUAAAAAAGGGAAGGAAAAACAAGAUGUUUCCGAUGGUUAUGGGGGUCAUCAGGCUAAGGUCAUUCUGCAUGAAGUGAUCGAUGUGGACAAAGAGGAAGAUUCUGAUGAUGUAAUGUUCAUUGAUGAAAAAGUUCACAAAAGUAAAAAAAGGAAGAAAGUACAAGAUGUGUCUGAUGGUUACGGUGAUCAUCAGGCUAAGGGAUAUCUAUUUGGUGCUGGUGUGGAAAGGUUUGGAUCAGUGAGUGGGGUUGAGCCUUCUGAGAUGCAUGACUCCUACGACCGUCAUGGUUGUCAUAGUACUAAUAUAUGUCAUUAUUAUCAUAGUAAGGGGAAAGUUUGUAAUUCUUCGUUUAGUAGUGAGUAUUCCAUUUUCCUAGCCCAGUUUGAAAGCAUGGAUUUUCCACCUGGAAUAAAGGCACCAACUUCUACGAGUUUAGAAAAAGAUUCAUAUACACCUUGGUCCUAUUUGGAGAAUUUGCCACCAAGAAUGCUCUGGCAGCCAUAUCCUCCUUUUUUUGAUCUUCCAUUUUUUUAUGUUCCAGUAUAUGAGUUUUAUGCUCCUAAAGAUGUGAAGAAGUUCCCCUGGCUUCGGCCUUCUUCCCAAAAAAAUCAAAAUAAUGCAGCUGCUGAACCUAUUGUGGCAAACUCUGGCAAUGACAAAAAUGAAAUUUUGAGGAGGUUCCAACUUUUUAAACAAUUUGAUGUCGUGGAAGACUAUUCUGACCAUUACUAUGCUAGCGAUGGUCUCACCGCAAUGCAGACAUCAGAGACUUGGGCAAAGAAAAUCCAGGAGGAGUGGAAGGUCCUGGAAAAGGAUCUACCUGAUAAUAUAUUCGUUAGAGUUUAUGAAAGAAGGAUGGAUCUUUUGAGGGCUGUCAUCAUCGGAACAGAGGGCACUCCCUACCAUGAUGGUCUCUUCUUCUUUGAUUUUUUCUUCGACUUUAAUUAUCCUAAUGUAUCACCGAAAUUUCACUACCACUCUUGGGGCCUUAAACUCAAUCCUGCUUUUAACAAAAAUGGGUCAAGUUAUUGGUCCCCAGGUGUAUCAACCAUGCUUCAACUUCUUGUCUCCUUACAAGGGUUGAUCCUGGACACAAGACCCUUCAAUUGGCAUCAGCCGAUACCCUCAGAUAAUAAUGAAACGCAAACUCGGCGAUACGACGAGGAUGUAUUUGUUCUAUCACUGAGAACAAUGACGUACACUAUGAGGAGUCCACCAAAGCAUUUUGAGGACUUCGUUGUAGGGCAUUUCUGCAACCGUGGCCGUGAUAUUCUGGUGGCAUGUAGAGCAUAUAUGGAUGGUGCUCAAGUAGGAUCUGUAGUCAAAGGUGGGGUGAAGGAUGUCAAUAUGGAUGAAAAGAGCUGCUCACAACGGUUUAAGAAUUCUGUGGCUGUCAUGUUGAUAUUAUUGUCAAGGUAUUUUACCGAAAUUGGAGCUGAGGACUGUAAGAAAUUCCUGUUACCUGUGUUACCUGCAACUGCAAUGAAAGUGAAAAAGCGUAAGGCCGUCCAAGAUGUGUCCGCUGGUUAUAGGAAUCAUCAGCGUAAGGGAUAUAUUUUUGGUGCUGGUAUGGAAAGGUUUGGAUUAGUGAAUGGGGAGAUGCUUAACUUUGUUGACCUUCAUCGUAAUAUUUCUAUUAUGCGUGAUUUACAUAGUACAGGGCAAGUUGGUUUUUCUCCGUAUAAUGGGUAUCUCAUUUUCCUAGCCCAGUUUGAAAGCAUGGAUUUUCCUCCUGGAAUAGAGGCACCAACUUCUAGGCAUCUUAUGACAAAUGCAGUAGAUGCAUAUGUACCUUGGUUCUAUUGGGAGAAUUUGAUCUGGCAGCCAUCUUCCUCUUUUGGAAUUUCAUCUUUUCAUGUUCCAGCUUUUGAGUUUUAUGCUCCUAAAGAUGUGAAGAAGUUCCCCUGGCUUCAGCCUUCUGCCCGAAAUCAAAAUAAUGCAGCUGCUGAACCUAUUAAGGCAAUCUCUGGCAAGGACAAAUAUGAAAUUUUGAGGAGGUUCAAACUAUUUAAACAAUUUGAUAUCGUGGAAGACUAUUCUGACCAUUACCAUGCUAGCUAUGGUUCUACCAAGAUGCAGCCAUCAGAGACUUGGGCAAAGAAAAUUCGGGAGGAGCGGAAGAUUCUGGAAAAGGAUCUGCCUGAUAAAAUAUUCGUUAGAGUUUAUGAAACAAGGAUGGAUCUUUUGAGGGCUGUCAUCGUUGGAACAGAGGGCACUCCCUACCAUGAUGGUCUCUUCUUCUUUGAUUUUUUUUUCGACAGUAAUUAUCCUAAUGUAGCACCGAAAGUCCACUACCACUCUGGUGGCCUUGAAUUCAUUCCUCAAAUGAGCAAUGAUGGGUCAAUAUAUUCUGCAGUCUCUACAGGCCAUCUAUUGGGGGAUGGUAGAUACAAUAAUUUUUGGCUCCCAGGUGUAUCAACUAUGCUUCAACUUCUUGUCUCCAUACAAGUGUUCUUCUUCAAUACAAAACCCUUUUUCAAUUUGCCUCCGAGACCCUCAGCAUAUAAUGAAAAACAAUGCCAGUUAUACAACGAGGAUGUAUUUGUUCUAUCACUGAGAACAAUGACGUACACUAUGAGGAGUCCACCAAAGCAUUUUGAGGACUUUGUCGUAGGGCAUUUCUGCAACUGUGGCCGUGAUAUUCUGGUGGCAUGUAGAGCAUAUAUGGAUGGUGCUCCACUAGGAUCAGUCAAAGGGAGGGUGAAGGAUGUCAAUAUGGAUGACAGGUGCAGCUCAAGACGGUUUAGGAAUUCUUUGGCUGUCAUGUUGAUGUUAUUGUCAAGGUAUUUUACCGAAAUUGGAGCUGAGGACUGUAAGGAAUUCCUGUUACCCGUGUUACCUGAAAUGAAAGUGAAAAAGCGUUAGGCCAUGCAAGUGCAACGACCACAAUGGAUGGUGUAGGGGCCAAAUCUUGCAGCCCAGCCUAACUCGAAUAAGGUUGGGUUGAGAAGAAGGCCCAAUACAACUAAUUUGUAGAGGUGGAUGGAUUAAGGUCAACCUUUUAAGACUUGGUGGCCUUAAUUUAGUUUAGUAAUUUAUAGAAAGAAGAUUAGCAAGGAUAACAAUUUUAACAAGGAAUUACAACGAGGAAAGAGAGCUUCUUAUUUAAGUCCUUCCUCGAG